AUGACCUCAAACAUCGCCGAGUCACUCAACUCAAUAUUGCACGACGAAAGAGAGUAUCCAGUGGCAGCCAUUUUCAAUUCAAUUGCACAUAGGUUUGGAGAAAUAUUCAGGAAAAAGUAUGCGGAGGUAGACAAUUCAAAGACAACAUUUAUUCCCAUAGCCGAGACAAUCUUAAGGGAAAACAUGAUCAAGGGCGACAAACUAUAUGUGAACAACAAAAAAAGAAGAACCGACGAAUUUGCCCUGCUUGGUUACAGUCGUUCCGCAAAAGAUAAUAUUUUGAGACAGUCAUAUUCUUGCAAAAAGUACAACUUGGAGAAAUUGCUAUACAUUCAUGCAAUGGAAGCAUUGCGUUUGAAGCACGGGGACGAAUAUGGCACUAGCAUUUACAACUACUCUUCUCAAAUAUAUUUGAAAGAAUCAUACCUCUUUGCAUACUUGGAACCUAUUUGUGCAGCACCACUAGAGUUGGAGUGGAGUGUGACACGAGAGUAUCUAGAAAUGCAAGUUCUUCCACCCUAUUUUGAUCCCAAACUCGGAAGGAGGAAGGCAAAACACAUUAAGGGUGUGUUGGAGCCUUCAAGGUACAAGAAAAUAAACAAGUGCUCCAAGUGCAAAACGCUGGGACAUAAGAGAACAACAUACAACCUUAACGUAGAAUAA